AUGGACGACAACGAAAACUACUACUUUUGUUACGAUUACUACUACGACGAUGUCGGCGACGACGGAAGGGAUUUCCGUGCUGAUUUUCCGGGAGGACGCUGCUGGGAGCCGGUCGCGGAACCGGUCGUCCUGCAGGAUUCAGCUGGGCAGGUUGCCGGCGGCGGACUUCCAGAGGUCGCGGACCGCAGAGAAAACGAGCAUAGCAUAAAAAGUCGAAAAUCUAGAACAGCGUUUACGAAAUAUCAAUUGGGGUGGCUCGAGGGAGAGUUUGAGAAGUGCAAAUACUUGACUCGGUUAAGGCGGUACGAAGUGGCUCUAAUACUUGGUCUCACAGAACGACAAGUGAAAGUGUGGUUCCAAAAUAGACGAAUGAAGAAAAAAAGGCUGAACGAGGAAUCCAUUUACUGA